CUUCUCUAAGAUGCAUUUGUUUGACAGCCUGGAAAAACAGCCUCUCCACACAAGGGACUUUGAAGGUUUGUAUCUGGCCCUUGAGGAAAAGGUUCUAAUAAAACAAGUGUCUUGAGAAACACACACUUUGGACGACAGAGAGAAUCCUGCAGUGAGCCAGGGCUCUGCUCCAGUAAAAUAGGAAAUUGAAAUCGUGUUGAAUGGAAACAGUAAGUCCUGCUGUAACUGCCUGAUCUGGUUUUUCUAAAGGAUAACUUUAUGGGUUAAAAUCAUUUUAGUUUUCUCUCUUACACAAAAUAACUUGGUCAAGUACUUCUGGAGCUUCUCCUCCCUCCCUGCCACCGUGCCCCACCCCCGGGCAGGGCCUGUGGCACUGGAUGCUCAGUGUCUGUCUUGGCACCAGGGGUUGGUGAGUCACAGACACUCUCUUGUUCCCUCUGCUGAGUGGAAACGGAGGAUCCUGCAGUUUGGGAGCCAAACUGGAACUCCUUCCAUCUGUAUCCCAGGACAUACAGGAAUUUGGAUGGCCGCCACAGGAAGGUUUUACAUUGUACUUAAUCAAGUGCUCCAGGGAUUAAGUUUCAGGAAAGCCCUCUUGGAUCCAAGAUAAAGGCGGGGUGUAAAAUCGAAAACAAGAGUUGCCUGAGUCAGAGAGAUCCUCUGAUUUCCUCUGCGCUCCAGACAGCACCUCUCCUUAAACAGCUUAAACAGCUUGGUGCCAUGGCUCUGGAGCAGAACCAGUCAGUGGAAUACUAUUAUGAGGAAAACGAGAUGAACUACACUCAUGACUACAGCCAGUACGAAGUGAUCUGCAUAAAAGAAGAGGUCAGGCAGUUCGCAAAAGUCUUCCUGCCUGCCUUCUUCGCGGUAGCCUUUGUCAUUGGGCUUGCAGGGAACUCUAUAGUUGUGGCCAUUUACGCCUAUUACAAGAAACAGAGGACCAAGACCGAUGUGUACAUUCUGAACCUGGCUGUAGCAGACUUGUUGCUUCUGGUCACACUGCCUUUCUGGGCAGUUAAUGCAGUUCAUGGGUGGAUUCUAGGCAAAAUGAUGUGCAAAGUAACCUCAGCCCUGUACACGGUAAACUUUGUCUCUGGGAUGCAGUUCCUGGCUUGUAUCAGUAUUGAUAGAUACUGGGCAAUCACGAAGGCCCCCAGCCAAUCAGGAGCAGGGAGACCCUGCUGGAUCAUCUGUUGCUGUGUGUGGAUGGCGGCCAUCUUGCUAAGCAUACCUCAGCUGGUUUUUUAUACAGUGAAUCAGAGUGCUAGGUGCACUCCCGUCUUUCCCCACCACCUAGGAACAUCCCUGAAAGCAUCCAUUCAGAUGCUGGAAAUCUGCAUUGGCUUCGUGGUUCCCUUUCUCAUCAUGAGCGUGUGCUAUGCCAUUACUGCCAGGGCGCUCAUCAAGAUGCCCAACGUUAAAAAGUCUCGACCCCUCAGGGUUCUGCUCACGGUGGUUGUUGUUUUCAUUGUCACCCAACUGCCCUAUAACGUUGUCAAGUUCUGUCAUGCCAUAGAUGCCAUCUACCUGCUGAUCACUAACUGCGACAUGAGCAAGCGCAUGGACGUCGCCAUCCAAGUCACGGAAAGCAUCGCACUCUUCCACAGCUGCCUCAACCCCAUCCUGUAUGUCUUCAUGGGAGCCUCUUUCAAAAACUAUAUCAUGAAAGUGGCCAAGAAAUAUGGAUCCUGGAGAAGACAGAGACGGAACGUGGAGGAAAUUCCUUUUGAUUCUGAGGGUCCUACAGAGCCAACCAGUUCUUUUACCAUUUAAAUAUAAAACUGUUCUCUGUCUCUGCUUUUUGCUUGGAUACGCAGGCACGCACGCAUGCAUGCACGCACGCACGCACAUAGGAGUGAUGUUUCUUCCUCAAAUAAAAUAUUUGUGCUACACUGAGACUCAACCAUCAAACACCAAACACUGCUGCAAUGUGUAACAAAGAGGGAGUAAGAAGUGGGGGCUGGGUAAGGAAGAUAGACGCCAGAGAGUAAACAAGUGGGCAAAGUGUGGAAACUAAAGCUAAUGACAGGAAAACAGCUCGGCAGGAGAAAACAUUGUACUAUAAAAAAGGAAAUCUUCCUGUGUGUGUGUGUGGGGGGGGGAGUGUUUUGCAUCUUCACUGCGGGUGGUGGUUAUUCAAAUCUGAUAGCAACUGUAAUUAUGUAAUAUAAAACACUGGGUAAUGAGCACCCAGGACCAUGCUGUACUAUCUUUGUAACUUCCUGUGAGUAAACAACUUCAAAAUAAAAAGUUCAAAGAAAGAAACAUCAUAUUGUGAGUUUGCCAAACUAAAACCAAUUAAUAAAGAAACUUAUGCUAAGA